AUGGACAAUUCUUUCGGAGACGAGGGUUGCCCAACACCCACGCCCACAACACCCAUGGUUACAAUACCUGUAAACUAUUCUUGCACUGCGACCCACGACGGCAACGGAACACUAUUCUACGUCUGCGAGGACUCCAUGAGCUACCUCUCCGCCCGCCCCUACUGCCAGGCGAAGGGCGGCGACCUCGCUUCCCCGGACAGCCUGGCGUUUCUUCGGGACUAUCUCAAGACUAACAAUAAGGGUUGCCCAACACCCACGCCCACAACACCCAUGGUUACAAUACCUGUAAACUAUUCUUGCACUGCGACCCACGACGGCAACGGAACACUAUUCUACGUCUGCGAGGACUCCAUGAGCUACCUCUCCGCCCGCCCCUACUGCCAGGCGAAGGGCGGCGACCUCGCUUCCCCGGACAGCCUGGCGUUUCUUCGGGACUAUCUCAAGACUAACAAUAAGGUUGGUGGAUACUGGGUGGGCGUGUACAACAACUCGUGGCUGAGUGGGCGUCCCGUUCAGGCAUAUGAAUGGGGUAAUGGUGGGCGUUCGGGAAAUUUAGGCGAAGAUUGUGCAAGAUUGAUGGAUACUAACGACUUCUUCUUGGUUGAUGCAUAUUGCACGAGUGAUUUUAAUGUUGCCUGCGGUUUGAAAGUAUAG